AUCCGAGUUGUUAUAAAAACAAAACAAAACAGACUCCACCGUCUGCAAAAUUUGAUUGGGGAUUCGAAGAUUUGAGCUCAGAAGAAAUCUGCUUUCUUCAUCUUAAAAUUCAAUGGCGCCGCCUCCAGGUCCUUACUCCGGCACGAGCACUCUUGCUCUGGUUGCUCGUGCGUCGGCCUUCACUCUCGGUGUGGUUUACGGAAGCGUGAAGCAUAAAGUUUUGAAGGCGAAGGCCAGGUCUCUUGCGAAGGCUCAAGCCAAGGCUCAUCAUUGACGUGCUAAAGGGGCUAUGGCAGUGCUUGAUCCUCGUUACAUAUUCUUGCCGGAAGAACGUUUUUCUGUCCAUGUUUUAGUCGGUGUUUAUUUUGCUGAUUCCACCUUUUUGGAGCUUUUAAAAUAUUUGGUAUAAACCCAGCCUAUUGGGAGCUUCAAACAAUUUAUUGAAACCUGGCCUUUUCUAGAA